AUGUCAAAUUUUAUACCAGUCAAAAUAUUUUUUUAUUUUGAAUUGACAUUUUGUAAUAAUAGCUUAAGGUGUGUAAAACCUUUAAACGUUUUUUUAAUUUCUAUGGUUAAGAAACGAAGAGCAUGUAUUUUUUUGUCUUUCAUUAUUGGCAUCGUUUCCAUAUUUUUAUUGGGAUUAUCAUUUGGCACUAAUUACUGGAUUAUAUCUAGACCGAUUAGAGUUGUAAAUACGCCAAAUAAUAGCUUUAUAUAUGAGAAUAGCAAAAUUAAUUUUGGACUAUGGAGGGGUGAAAAAACACUAGACGCUGGAUUUAGUACAGAAGGGCGAACUAACGAAAUAAAAGUUAUACCAAGAUAUAUUGAUACAAGAAUAUUUACAUAUGAAUUAUGGCUUUCUUCAAUAGUAUUACUAAUAAUUGCCAUGAUAUGGGCUAUAAUUUCUGUAUUUUUUGCCCUUAUCAACUCAAUUAUAUAUCCUAUUGAUAAAAUGGCAGGCACAAUGGGACUAUAUUUAUGGAAUGCAUUGUCAUUGGCUUUUACAUUCUUAUCUACUCUAUUGUUCACUAUAUUAUAUUUUGGAGAUAUAAGACAAAAUGUACUGGUUUUAGAAGAGAAAAGAUCUGGUUUUGAAGCAGAUGGAAAUAGAACUCAAUUUGGUUGGUCAUAUUGGUUAAUGUUUGGAGCUAUGCUUUGUUUUAUAAUUAACAUUAUAAAUAUAUUUUUAUCUGAACUAAAAUGUUGCAAAAAGAAUACUCAAAAUGGAAGUAUUAAUAAUGACUUUUAUCUAAACAAAUAUGGGAUGUAUAAUAAAGAUAUUUGUAAACCCGAACAAACUGUUAUAUUAUAUUAAUUUUUUAUAUGUUUUUAACAAUGCAAAAUUAUUUUAAAUGUAAUAUAAACUUUAUUAAAUCAUAAUUGCAUUUAUUAAUCUGCUCAUAUUUUUAUAAUUUCAAAAAUUUUUACCCAAAUUUUUAUAAAUCUUGUGCCAUUUUUAUUUUUUUAUAUUUACUAGAAAUGAAUUUUUACAACAAAUUAUAU